AACAAUAUAGUGUCUCAAUUCUGCAGAAAGAGCGGUAACUAAAACCAUAUGUUAUCUGGUUGUAGGAGGCCAGUCAAUGGUAUACCAACAAAUACAUUAAAGAGCUGGACAGUUUUACAUGUCUGCUUAGCAACUCGUAUAGGACUUGUGUAUCUGUGUGUCUAUCUGAAUAAUGUUGGAGUUUUAAUAGAACUGGUCUGAAUUUCCCGUCCGUCUCUCAGCCUCUCAUCUGGUCUCGCUCCCGGUCUCCCCCCUGUUUUUCUUUCCCUGUCUCUGUCCCUCUCUUUCUUGCUCCAUCUCUGGCUGCUUCUCUCUCUUGUUUCUUUCCCACUUCACUAAGUGAAGAGGAGAAUGGGCAAGGCUGUUAGUACACUGGGUGAGUGAGACAGAGAGAAAGACUGUGUGUGUGCGUGUGUGCGUGUGCGUGUGGGUGAAAGGGGAAGGCAGAGGCAGUGUAAGUGGACAGGCGACAGAAAGACAGCGAGAACGAAAAAAAAAAAUCCCGGACGAUUCUUGCCUGGAGGAAGAUUGAGUGGCAGGGAAAGGAAAAUAAUGAGACGGAAAGGGGGUGGCGCUUCGGGGUAAUGGGCAGCAGGGCGAGGCAGCGGACGGAGAGGAGGGAGCACGGUGUGUUUGUGUGUACUCCCACGUGUGCGUGAAGAGACCGGAGUCAUCCAGACAUGGGACGAGCUCUGCAAUGACAACCAUGCUCAGCCCUAAGAACAGACAGGCACGCCGCGCCCGCUCUAAGAGCAUGGUAAUGGGCCGCUGCAGUUCUCCUCUGUGCCAAGAGGUGGCGCUGAAGGCUGGCUGGCUGAAGAGGCAGAGGACCAUCAUGAGGAACUGGCAGUUACGAUGGUUUGUCCUCCGGUCUGACGCCCUGUACUUCUACAAGGACCAGGAAGAAACUAAACCUCAGGGAUGCAUCCUUCUCCAUGGCAGUCAGGUCAGUGAGCUGUCAGCCAAUCAAGAUGAAGCUGGUCGCCACCUGUUUGAGAUUGUUCCAGGAGGCAGAGGAGAGAAGGAUCGUUCAGGUCUUAGCGAGUCAUUGCUGUUGAUGGCUAAUUCUCAGAGUGACAUGGAGGACUGGGUCAAAGCCAUCCGAAGAGCUAUAUGGGCUCCGCUAGGAUGGGGUAUCUUCGGGCAGCAUCUGGAGGACACGGUGAAGUGUGAGUCUGGGUCUGUCAGCGGCGGCAACCCUCCUCUGGUCCCUCUGCUCGUGCAGCAGUGCGUGCGUUUCAUUCGCCAGCACGGCCUGACGGAGGAGGGCCUUUUCAGGAUGCCGGGACAGACCAAUCACGUACGAGAGCUGCAGGACGCCUUCGACUGCGGGGACAAGCCGCUAUUCGACAGUAACACCGAUGUCCACACGGUGGCGUCCCUACUGAAGCUGUACCUCAGAGAGCUGCCGGAGCCUGUGGUACCAUACAAGAAUUACACCGACUUCCUUGUCACCGCUCAGCUACUGGCCAAGGACCAAGAGGAGGGAAUCCAAGAGCUGGCCCGCCAGGUGAAGGCUCUUCCUCAGGUCAACUACAACCUUCUCAGAUACAUUUGCAGAUUCCUAGAUGAGGUCCAGUCCCACGCAAGUCAGAAUAAGAUGAGUGUUCAGAACCUGGCCACUGUGUUCGGGCCUAACAUCCUCCGGCCCAAGUUGGAGGACCCACAAACAAUGAUGGAGGGUAGUUCCCAGGUGCAGCACCUAAUGAUGGUACUGAUCAGUGAACACUCUCGUCUUUACCAGGGGGCGGCGGUGAACCCCACGGACGACCGGUCAGCCUCACCUAGGACGCCCCACUGUUGGGCCACGUCGAUUCAGCGCGGCAAGGUGGAGUGGUUCUCCCAGGAGGACAUGCUCUCCUCCACCAUCCCCGCACGGCCACAUCCCUCCAACGAACCCAACGGCACAAGCCAGGAACCACUUCGGACCCUUCCGACCUCUGCCGCUUCCUCUCUGGAGACUGGACCAAUUCCCCAGGGGAGAGCUGAGGGGGAUUCCGGGGGGAAGAAGGACGCAGGACCAGGAGGAAUGGCGGAGAGGCAAGGCGAAGGAAAGAGUGAAAGAAAGAUCCUGGGCAUUACUGGCGGAAAUCUCACUCCCAGUAAGCAGUCCAAAAGCCUGUCCUCGUGGAGGUCCUUGAAGGGCGGGUCUGGGGGAGUGAGGGGGAAGAUAGGGGGUUCAGCGGUGGACGUGUCGACAGGGACCGAAAGGAACUGGCUGAAGAGCGGCCUGUCAUCCUUCCGGAGUCACCGGCGGACUGCCUCGACCGGCGAGGGGCUCAAAGAGUCCUCGCUUUAUCCGAAAGAGACACUGAAAAGUUCCUUGCAGGACUCCUAUGCGGAGUCCUCUCUGUCACUAAACGAUCCCUCACACUCUCGAAAAAGCUUGCUGAAAGACUCAUCUUCACAAAUAGACUCCUCCUGUUCUAGUGUUAGCUCCACCCAUCCUCAAGUAAAUCCCUCCCUCUCUGUCAGACGCACCUCCCAUUCCAACAGGAUCUCCACUUAUGACAAUGUUACUGUCACUACCUGUAGCCAGAGCUUACCUGGUGGAAGCCCCUCCCCCUGGACCUCCUGUGAGAUUUCUUUGGCUGAAUCUACAGGAAGCGAGCACGACACGGUGAACUCAGAGUUAGGGUCAGGGCAGGCUGUCGCGGGGUCCUCUGUGCUUGGGGACAGCAGCUCUGCUUUGGAUCUGUGUGUGAGCAGCAUAGGUUGCAGUGAGGGUGAACGUGGGGAUGACGUCAUCGGUCAGAGGUCAGGGGAAAAUGAGGAUCUGUUCACAUUGGUGACAGAGUUGAAAGAGGAGAUGAAGAGGCAAAGGAACAGAUAUGAGGCACGAAUUGGAGGAGCUAUGUUCAAGUCUUCGCCUCCGGUCUGUUCAUUUGGAAGAAGAUCUCGACCAGGAGAAGAAGAGGCUGCGUAUGCUGGAGAUCCGACUGGGGAACUCGGAACGUGCAAGGCAGGACGCAGAAACUCGGAAUGUUCUGCUACAAAAAGAGAUGGAGGAGUUCUUUGCUACGCUAGGAGACCUGACCACUGGCACACAUACCGGUUAAACAGAGCAGACACCAGAAUCCCGGCAGAGCUACUGUAAAGCCUGGGCAUUUAUUAUGGGAAAUGAAACGGGGUCCAGAUUAGUUUAAUACUGCUAAACUCGGACAUGGACCGAGGAUGAUGGAAUGAUGUUGAGUAGGCAUAAAAUAAAAGUAUUGAAUGAAACAAGUCAAAACUAUCUGAACUUCUUGUCCAGUAAGAAAUGCCAUUAUUUGUAUACUGUUCCACUAAUUUGGGCUCCAAUGAACAAAUAAGUGUUUCCUCCUGGUGCAUUAUGGGGGUCUUCCCCUUUCCCUGUACCAACUUUCACAUUCAGGCAAAAUGCUGCAUUCAGGAAGUUGGUUCAUUUGGAAAUAUACCUUAAAUGUCAAACAAGCCAGAACAGGGAUCAGACAGCCUUCAUUUGUCUGGGAUACUGCAUCCUCGUGAUGGACUAUUACCUUGAUGUACUUACAGAUCUCUGGAUAACCAUGGUACUUAGCGAUUUAACAUUGUUAAACUACUCAGGUUUUCUGGUUUGCCAGUUGUUGUAUCUCGGCCCGUAGAGGCCUACUCGAAUACGCCUCGGAAUCGAUAUCAUUUGUGUUAUAUCAGUUGCACCCAAAAACUGACCAGACUCUAAGGAAAGCCUAUGUUCAUUUGUUAUUAUAAACCUAUGUCCUUACACAAAGUAUCCAUUCAGAAUAAAAACAAUUCAGAUCCAAUCAAAUUCAACCCUUUAUUUGCAGGAGUUGCAGGUUGACAUUGUCUAACUGUUUCCAGUGUGUUCAUUAGGUCUGUAGUGAGGCCUUGUCCAGAUCAAAAGGCAAAAAUGUAUACAACUGGGGCGUAAUUAUUCUGCCAAACAAAUGUUUCUAGUUGGGUUUCUACUGGAAAAAUGAUUGUAGGUCACUUCCUGUUUUGUCAAUUUGUCCAACAGACUCUGUUUGACAAACUGUUUUGCAGAUAAAACAUUUUGCUUGGUGGAAUUAAUACACCUUGGGCUAAACAUAUACUAGACGGAUUCCAUUAAUAAGAAUGGAAAUUAUUUCAUAUAUUUCUAUCUAAAUGUUCCACAACACUGAGCCCCCCCCUGAACGCAGCCAUGUUUUUGGUGCGUGAUAGUCCUGACCGCAGUCAGGGAUGUGGCCCAUGUCCAGACGUAUGGAGGGCAUUAUAGGUUUUCAUCUAGAAAAAAAGGAAAACAUGGCUGGCAGCAAACCUUUUGAAAACCCUGGAGAACAUCCAUCUAAUAUAUGAAUCAACCACUCACUACCUACUCUACUGUCUACCAAUCAUAUUUCACAUCAAUUGAAAAGAAAACCAAAAGAAAAAUAUAUACAUAGUACUUUUGAAUGAAAUAUACAGUACGUACAAUACUAGCAGUCUCCUAACAUUGACAGGGGUACACUUCCAAAUAAAUAAAUAAAUUAAUAAAACA